AUGUCCAUGUACGCUGGAAAACUAUGUCUCGCGCCUAUGGUUCGCAGUGGUGAACUACCGAUGAGACUCUUGGCCCUACAAUACGGUGCAGACUUGGUUUGGUCACCUGAGAUCAUCGACAGAAAGAUCAGAAUAUGCACACGAGUGGAAAACCCGAAAUUGGGGACUGUAGAUUUCAUCGACGCCACUCGUCCUGGAGUGAAAAACCCAGUGGUGUUCCGCACAAACCGUGGUGUUGAACAGGGUAAAUUGAUCUUUCAGAUGGGUUCAGCCGACCCUGCCAUAGCCGUCGAAGGCGCGCUCAAGGUCAUUCAAGAUGUGGAUGGAAUCGAUCUCAAUUGCGGAUGUCCAAAACCUUUCUCUGUUCAUGGAGGCAUGGGCGCUGCAUUGCUACUGAACCCUGAUCUUUUGACCUCCAUUCUUCGAAACUUGGUGGAGAAAGUGGGCACUCCCAACAAGAAACCCAUCAGUGCCAAAAUCCGCCUCAUGGAUGCCACUGACUCACAGCCGACCUUGGAUUUGGUCGAAAAGAUUUGCGACACCGGCAUUGCAAACUUGACUGUUCAUUGUAGAACCAGGGAAAUGAGAAACAGAGAAAAGCCGCUCCGGCAAUUUGUCGAGAGUAUCUUCUCGGUUACUUCGAAGCACAACGUCUCAUUGAUUGUAAACGGCGCUUUCAGAUGCAAGAAGGAAUUUCUCCAGUUCCGCAGGGACUUGAACAUUCCUGAGCUCGGGGGCAUGAUCGCUGAAGCGGCAGAAUCCAACCCAACUGUUUUCAGUGACUCGCCAAAACCUUGGAAAGAAGUCGUGACGGAGUUCAUCGACACAUGUCUUGCAAUAGACAAUCACCAGGCCAACACAAAAUACAUUCUUAUGAAUCAAAUCCCAGGCAAGUCGGAAUACUACAAAAAAUUUAGCAAGUCGAAGACAAUCGAAGACAUGAAAAAGGUCGCUGAAAGCAUCGAAAACGACGGGGACAAGAUUCACAUUAGGGUGAUGCAAAAGGAUAAGGCUUAUGAUCUUGAGGAAUUGCAAUUUGAAGAUAAAAAGAGACCAUUAGAGGAAACAGACUCUGAUGACGCACAGAAAAGACCGAAGGCUGUAAUUCCGGAUGCGCCUUCUCUGUCUGAAGAAAAGAUCGCAACUUCCAAAGUAGUUGUUAAUGAGCUCAAAGUUUGA